AUGAGCUGUGUGCUUCUAAAGGCAUACGAUGUACUCCAUGGUCAGAAGGCACGUACUGCAAUUUCGUUUGAGGACGUAGCAGCCGUAGUCAAUGAGUAUCUGCUAGCAGCUAACUCCACUCCAGUUCGUGGGCCCGUCCUCCGGAAGUCCGAUACACCCUCCGGUGGAACAGACUUCUCGCAGAUACCCCAUGGACCUAGACUUGUCCCUCGAGAUGCCCUUCUGGACAUACUUCAUACGCACGCCGAUACUGGACGAUGUCAUAUCAAAACGAACAAGAAGAUGAAGUCAUACAUCCAAGAAGAUUCUGGGAGUCUCACCCUGCUCUUCGAAGACGGUAGCGACUUCACAGCUGAUGUGCUCAUCGGGGCUGAUGGAUGGUGCGGAAAAGGAAGACACGUAACCUCGAAUACUGUCCGGGACGACAUCCAGAUGACGGCGUACGACAAUGUCUUUGAUGCAGACGGGGUGGCGCCCCCUUUCGAUGGCCCGUGGGUUGCCGAGGUGCCAUCUUCACAAAUCGCCGAGCGUUUCGCCGGGUGGGAACCAGACCUUGUCGAUCUGCUGCAGGUUCCAACGGCUGCAUCGCGAUGGGCCGUCCACGUCGUACACCCACUUCCAACCUUCGCAACGGACCGCGUGUGCCUGAUCGGUGACGCUGCGCAUGCCAUGACACCACACCAAGGUCUUGGUGGGGGUCAGGGUGUUGAGGAUGCAUACAUCCUGGCUCGCUUACUAGGGCGCCCCGAGAUGACGGCGUCCGAUGUGCCGCAGGCGCUAAAGAUAUACGACACCGUCCGUCGGCCAGCUUCGCAAACGGUAUCGCGGCAGUCGUUGGUGAACGGCCUGACGUAUGGGUUCUUUGGCGUGGAAGCUAAGGCACUAUCUCUGCCUGAGAUAGGAGAAGAGUUGGUUGAGAGUUGCCGGUGGCUGCUUCAGGACAGGGGUGCGGAAAAAGAAUGGCUGAAAGCGAAGUCUGCACUCGCCGCCGCGCUGGAGAGAUGCAAAGACGACCCGGCUUCCCCCAAUCUCCUGCCCGGCACUGGGCAUCGGGAAGCGACGGUAUGUCACCAUGGUUGA